UAACAAAAUGGCCGCCACUUCCCUGCGUUUUCGAAGUGUCUGUGAAGAAGAUUUAGAUAAUUUACUAGUCAAGACGUUGAUUUAUACUAAACAAUUAGAUUAUUCGCUCUCGAUUUCUAUGCGUGAUAAUUAACUCGGGCUGCGCCUUCCUCAACUCUCACGCGAUAGAAAUCUAGAGCUCAUAAUCUAAUUGUUUACGCGUAAUGAGUAAACAGAUGUAACUUUUACUUUGCGCGAAAUCCAUCUAGUGUUUCUAAAUUGGUUUCUAGCUUUGUUUUGACUCAUUCCAACCUUCGCUAGUUCACGAGAGUCGCUUAUUUCCGGUCAACUUUGUUGUGGCCAGUCAUUGAUCUUACAUUUUGUUUCGUGACAGGGUCACAUGACGGUGUUGUCAAAGUCUGGGACAUCAGAGACGGUUCGUUAUUGCUGACCGUGCCUGAAGCUGGGCAAGAGAUUGGCAAGGUCGCGUGCUGUUGUGACGAUGGCAUCAUCGUGGUUUCCUCUAAGACUGGAAUAGCUGUGAUCUCGUUUGAAACCGGUGAAAUUCUUCAUAGAGUGGAAACCAAGUAUUUUGAGAGCUUUCCUCCACUCACAAUUGCUGGCGAAAACGGAACUAAAGUUGUCUUCUUCAAAGAGAAGGGUUUGCAUGUCAUCCUAACGUCUACGGGCAAAUUUUUGCACCAAUUUUCAAGCAUCAACCCCGUCGGCAAUGCGGGACAGAACAGUUUGCUCACCUCCUGGAAUGACAUCGUACUCUGUAACUCAAAACAAAACGAAAACUCCUUGAAAGUGAUUGAUGCCCACGACUUCAAAAUCCUCCAUUCAAUCACGGUGUUCGAUGAGAAAGACGAAGAAAAUCUACUACACCUCACUCAGAUAGCGAUGAAAUCCGAAAACGAGGUUCUAGUUGCCAAGAAGAUGAAAGUUGAUCUGUUCUCGGUCGAUAAAGGGGAAUUGUUACGAACGUACAAGUGCAAAAUCGAUGACUGGGUUAGAAACGCGUCGCUGGACCCCACACAAAAUAUGUUGGUUUUUCCUAAACACGAUAAAGUCGCUCUAAUUGAUCUCGAAAGCGGCGAGAGAAGGGAUGUUUUACCACACCCAAAUUACGUCUCCAGGAUUUUUUCGGUGGGCUGUGAUGGGAUUCUCACUUCCGGAGGUGACAACGUUGUAAGAGUCUGGGACCUAACUCGAGAGGAUGUUCGUAGACAGGUCGAAAAGCCUGAGACUUUAUUAAACAUUUAUUCCAUUCCCGGCGACUCCAGACACUUGGUAACAGUCGGCCGAUUGGGGAUUGAUAAUUUUUGCGUGACUAUUUGGGAUUUGCCUACGGUGUUACCAGUGCGCAAAGUCACUGGUAUUACAACAAGCUACCUUCAGAUCAUCAAUGACAGAAGAGUUGCUAUCCGUGUCAACAAUAGCGUGGCGAUCGUGGAUUUGUGCACGUGGAAGGUUGUGACGGUUCUAAAAGGAAAAAUCUCUGCGGAUGAUCUGUUGGGCGUGGAAGACAUCUGUGUUGUGAACGACAGAACAGAGAUUCUUACUUACUCGCACGAUCGCAAGAAUUUGACGCUCUAUGACAUCGAAACAGGCGACCAAGUCGCCGUGUUAAAAUCGGGCACAUCCCAACAUGACAUUCGUUCCUUCCUCGUAAACUCAGAAGGAACGGUUGCUGUGUGGAACGUGGCCCGGCCAUGUGACCAGUUGCAGGUGUGGGACCUGGAAACGAGAAAGCAAAUUUUUGUGAUCCAGAGGGAGGGGUGUGAGAGGUUGACCAAGACUCAUGCGGGCUUUACGCCGGAUGGCCAGUAUUUCGUAUCGUGUGCUAAAAAGACUAACAAAACUGACUCUAUCCAAUUCUCAGCGGUGUGGGAUGUACAGAGAAAGAUGCUGGCGCACGACUUGCGGUAUACAGAUGAUACAGACACCAUUGCUGUGAAAGUUAUGGACAACACCCGUGCGGUGACUGCGCACAAGGACUUGAACAUCGUCUGCUGGGACAUUGAACAAGGGACCCUUCUUCAUAUCCUUCCCAGCAGCCAUUUCAGUAACCUGCGCAUUGACGUCAUCGCCUCAAAAGGGGACAUAGUGGUUUCCUAUGACGAGAAGACGCUGAUCAUGUGGGAUAUGAGAGCGGGCGUGCAAAAAGCCUCUUUCACGGCAGACAAGGUGACAGCUGUUCAUCCCGUGGGGGAGGGUCAGUGUAUUGCUCUUGGCUAUGAAAGUGCUUUGCCCUUAGUACUUCUUACUCUCCAGGGAGGGGACAUUAAGCCGUACGAAUUCCCUACCGAGGGUACAAAGGCCAUGGCUGGAACAGAUGUGAAGAUAGAGUUUGAGGGCAUCAAAUGUGCGCCAGUCGAAGAUGAUAACGAAGUUAGAAACGACAGCUAUGGCAAAGUAUAAGAGCAAAACGGACAAGACACGGCUGAAUAAAGGCUGCUUUGUCAAAUAAGUCUCCAGCGUCUGGCAGUGGAGCUCACAUGGCCAGCCAAAGGAGGCCGCUGAUUUGUUAAUCAAGUUCAUAGCGUCACGUGACCUUGACUGGCUAAAGGCUGGACUCCAUGUGAACUGGUUUGUCAUGGAAGGCGGAUGUUAUAUCAAAUAAUUGACCAGUGGGAACUAGUCACACAAGUUGAUAGCGUUGCGUGACUUUGAGCAGCCGACGGGGACCGCUAUCGUCAUCAGGUUUUGAACUGUCUGCGUGGCUGGCUGAAGCCUGGACUCCAUGUGAACUGGUUUGUCACGGAAGACGACCAGCUGAAAGUAAAGUGGCUGUUAUAUCAAAUAUUUGCCUAGUCACGCAAGCUGGUAGCGUUGCGUGACUUUGACCAAUGAGGAGAGCUUGCGGUGUUUAACGCAAUCACCGGUCUCUAGCUUUGCGUGCAGGGUGAAACGAACUUUUUAGAUAAAUAUUGAGAAAAUAAAUUUGGAAAAAAAGUUGUAAAGCAUGCCGUAAUUCAUGUUUGCAUCGUUGGUGGCAUAGCGGCAUUGAUAUAAAUAUUUAUUUUUUUAUUCUGAAAAAGGAAAUGUUGAUUUCUCAAUUUCCUAUGUUUAUUACUUGUUUUGUUUUAUAUUCGUAAAGGAUUUUUGAAAGCAUUAGAUUAUGAACGGAACUCUCUUCGAAGUAAAAUUGGCGCCUUUUUGAUGAAGUUCCGGUUGCUAAUUCGUAUGUAAUUUCUAGGCAUGUCGCCAUAUCUUUCAGAUUUGCGGUUUUGCAGUCUUAGAUAAUCUUGAUUAACAUUGAACUUAUAUUUAGAAAAGUCACCGAUUGCAGUAAUUGCAAGUUUGUAGAAAUAAGACACUGAAAUGAGUCCAUAUUUUCAACAAAACAAACACUGACCAUACGUUAUGUUUAGCUGGUUCUCUAAAUUGAAUGCAUUUUAUUUGGUUAAUCUAGAUUUGCAAAAAAAUAAACACUGGAAAAUUUAUCAGAAAGGAAAUGUAUUUAAAUAUUAGCAGUUCUAUCAUUUAACGCAGAAAAAAAAUUCUGCGAAAUUUUACGCGGCGCGUUUGUUCUAGGUCUUUGCGAAAUGUCAACCACGCGAAAAUACUCCGGUAACAGGGAUUGCGAGGCGACUCUUUUUAUAAAAUAUUCUCGAUCAUAUGAUACACCCGUACAGGUUUUCCGAUUUUAACAAUAUGGUUGCUUUCCGUGAAAACGUAGUUGAUCGGCGCUUCGAAAACUUGCAUAGCAGUUCGAGAUGGUUUUGAAUUUUCUUAGCAAACUUCCCAGGUAGGUUUUUCAGAGCAAUAAUAAAUAUUUUUUUUAGGACUCAGCAUUGUUAUUCAAAUCCAGAAACUUCGCCUUCUCCUAAACAAGGCAUAACCUCAGAUUCAGGUUAAGGCUGAAAAUGGGCGAGUGUUCAUUUGACAAACAGAUGUAUUUCUAUGUAUAUAAUUUUCUCGAAAUGUCAUGUUGCUUUCUAUCUCAUUUCUUAAUUAGCCAAGUAGUUCAGAAAGGCUGUGUUGCACUGACUGUAGGGGGAGAGAAUUUCGGGCAAUUUUUUAGUUUCUGUCAGAAAUUGCCUUUCAUCCACGUUGGAGUCUUGGAUAGCUUUGUAAUGCAAAUGAGAAAAGUUAAUCGAGAAAAGGGCUAUUUAAAUAGUCUCUCAUAUACGGCCGGCAAACACAGCUUGCUUGCUUUCACUGUUUCCUUAUUCGUUUAUUUAUUUAUUUUGCCUUUUUCUUUCUAAUUCUUUCUUCCUUUCUUUCUUUCUUUCUUUUUCUCCCUGUUUUUGAAGCAUGCAACAUUUGCAAACUAGGGAACUCUGUAAGGAUAGUCCUAAACCAUCUCACAUUGCCGUGCUGGUUUUGCCGUUGAUCUUUUCGUCGCCUUAUAAAUGAAAGUCGCGCUACCUUUGACCGAAACAUGCGCCUUUCUAUUUUCAUGUUUCGUCUGUGAAAAAAUUACAUUCAAAGCGGCCGAAAAGUGGAAAUUGCAAUAUAAGUAGCAAAGAAAACAAUCUAAAUUAAGCAAGAUUUGCUUGGCGAUUAUUUUUAAGAGGAUAGGAUGCGUUGGCGCCGGUACGAUCUUUUGUUUACCGUGUAUCCUGCACAACGUCUUAUUUGCCCAGGGUCUCUUAAUAAGGGGGUCUAUACAUUGCGGUUGAUUUGUCUUUAGCUGCGCCCUUGAACAGCCGGGUUUUUUAAUUGCUGUGACAGUCCUGUCAAAGACCCAGAGAUGUUGAUGCCGUUAUUAAGGCCAUCUCAGUUUAAUUGUGACAUGUAAACCUCAAAGAUCUUGUUAAUAUCUAAGGAAUGUGAUCAAUGAUUCUAAUCCGGAACUCUGUAAGAUUGCGUGACCAAAAAACCCUUUACACACAGUGUGCAACUGAAAUAGUUUGCAUGCUACCGAGCCGGAAGAGUUAUCUCUUGGCACCAGAAUUCUGUGGUUUCCCCCGUUUCCGAUAUUUUCCUUUCCUUUGACGCAAAAUAAAAAUUGCCAUAAUAUUAGCUACAAAUACAAACCGUAAAAUCAUUAAUUAAAAUCUGAUACUGUGAAAACGGAAAAAUUUUGCCGCAGGGUGAAAUCUUCCUCAGCUGAUAGAGACACUCAUUUCCUUGCUCAGAAAUGACUUCGAUCUUCGAUUCGAUCGUAAGAACAUGCAGAUCGUUAAUAGUUCUUCGAUUUACAGGUUUUCAUUGAGGAAACUCCAGACCUGAUCAAGAAAACUCCGACUAGUGUAAUUUUCACUAGCGGUGGGCUGAUGAUCAUUAAUUAACCUCUUGGCUAAUUGUUGAAUAUGGGUUUUUGAUCUACAGUUGAUUGCUCUUUUCACUGCUUACGCGAUCUAUAUUGUAGUUAGGUAUAUUCUACUGUAAAUUUAGCUAUUUCGAGCUAUCUUUCCACCAACUGAGCGAAACAUUACGCAGUUUGAGCAGACAUGUCUUCGAGAUCUUAGCAUGCUCUGAUACCAAUGAAAUGUUAGUAAAAUUGUGAUCUGUUGCUAACAACGAGCCAAUCGUUCUCCUAUGCUAAAUCUAAAGUAGUUCCUGAUGCAACAAAGUACUCACUCUAAG